AUGGCAUGGCCAAUGCAAGCCGCCGCCUUAUGUCUUCUGUUACAACUCAGCUUGAUCGAAGCUGAUUUUAAGGACGCUGUUGAUUAUAUAGAUCAAGUCUCUCAAGCCAUUAGACUGCUCUUCUUAGGUCCCAUGAAGUUUUACGUGGUAGGAGGUACGUUCAAGGAAGACCCUCUUUUGAAGCAGGGCUCCGGAAUAACUUUCAUGUGUGGAGAAGUAAGAACAGAAAAAAAUUCGCAAGGUAAAUUUCUUCUGGAGCGGCGGCUUUAUACGAAGAGACUUAAGGGCAAAUGGUUAACUUCGAUGUAUGAUAUGAAACCAGAAAAAUCGACAGGAUAUAAGCUUCCCAACUACAUGGAAGCUAAGAUACACCGGGGUUCAGGAACAAGAUAUGCAGGAACAAUAUAUCUCUUGUUGUCCGACCAUGAUUCGUGCGCUCUCUUUUACCAUAAGACCUCAGGUGACUGCGAGCUUUGGGAAAUGAAACGUCCGGAAAAGGAUGGCCGGCCCUCUUCUUUCUGCUCAAGAUAUAUACGCUCAUGCAACAACAAAACUGUACAUUAUUACCACAAAUAUCCCGAGUGCCACACCAAGUAG